UAGAGAGAUGGAGAUUGUCUGUGUAACAGGUGCAGGAGGUUAUGUUGCUUCAUGGGUCGUGAAGGAAUUGUUAGUAAGAGGUUACUUUGUACACGGAACUGUUAGAGAUCCAGAUGAUGAGAAAAAGAAUGGUCAUUUGAAAGAACUGAAGUACGCUCACGAGAGAUUGCGUCUCUUCAAGGCAGACAUGCUAGACUAUGCAAGUCUUUGCACUGCUAUGGAUGGAUGCACCGGGGUUGUGCAUGUUGCCACACCCGUUCCUGCCGGUAAAAUAGCCGAUCCUCAGACAGAAAUCCUUGAACCCGCAAUAAUAGGAACACGAAAUGUAAUGAAUGCAUGUCUGACGACUAAAUUGAAGAAGGUGGUGGUUGUUUCAUCUUUACUUGCUGUUGUAGCAAACCCGGGGUGGCCUAAGAAUCAAGCAAUGGAUGAAAAUUGUUGGUCUGAUGUUGAUUUUUGCAUGAAGAAUGAGAAGUGGUAUUGUGCUGCCAAGACUACAUCAGAGCGUGAAGCUUUAGAAUUCGGAAAGAAUAACAACCUCAAGGUUGUGACUGUUUGUCCGUCAAUAGUUUUCGGACCAAUGCUUCAAUCGACAGUUUGUACCACUAACAUCAUUCUACUAAACCUCUUCAAAGGUGAGAACUCUUUCAAUCUCAUUGAGCUUGAUAAAGCUGAAGAGGAUACGUAUAUCCCUAUUGUGGACGUUCGUGAUUGUGCCAAUGCAUUACUACUUGCGUAUGAAAAACCUGAAGCAGAUGGAAGGUAUAUUUGUUCUUCACAUAUGUUGAAGACAAAAGCUUUGGUAGAACUGUUGAAGAGCUUGUUCCCUCAUUAUAACUAUCCUACUGUUUCUUGUGAUUCAAAUGAAGAGAUGAACUACACAUGUGAAAAGAUGGUGAAUCUUGGAUGGAACUACAUGCCGUUGGAGAAGACUUUGGUUGAUUCUGUUAAAGCUAUGCAAGAUGCUGGUUUAUUAAGCUGA